AUGCCUCAAUCCACUCUCUCUUUCGCCCACCUCGGCGACAAUCUCGAUGCAUGGUCACGCUCGCCCCUACACCCCACUCUGCUACCCAUCGGAUUCCUCGCCCUUGUCCAUGCAAUCAGAGUCAGUCAUGCAACUCGACAAGUCGCCGGUAGCCACAGGAACAAAUUAGGAACAUGGCAGAGCUUCCUUUUGAAUCAGAUCCUCAUGUUCGGAGGUGUCGUUGUGAGCGGGAUGCUGUUAGGCAUUCCUUCGCCUUUGUUUCGUGGAUCGUCGGUGGUUGUGCUUUAUGGAGGAGUGCAUUUGGUAUUGCAUGUCGCCGGGCUGGGGAAUUUGUUGCUAAAGGUGCAGGAUCAUGUGUUUCUUGGGACGCUGAUGGACCUCUCCUUCGCACUGUUAGACGGCAUUCUUCGAGCAGAAGGGAUCAUCGAUCUUGGUGUUGAGCCCGUCCGACAACACCCCUCACCAGCAAUCUCGUCGUCACUGUUCGCCAUUCUCCUCAAUUCUGCCAUUGUCGGUGGUGCAAUGCCUCUUCUCAUCGACCUCUUCCGUCUGGACUCACCGUCGGGAGAAUGGAGCAUCCGCAGUCCUACUUGGGCCAAGAACCCGUUCAACGGUACAAACGAUCUCUUCAGCUCUGCUUUUCUUGCGCUUGUCUACACAGCGCUCAGCAGUCCAGCUCCAGCACAAUUCCCCCUGAUUGGUGGUGUGGUGAAGAGUUUCGGACUGGAGAAGUUGAGCGCAAGGGAUAUCAGAACGCUAUGCUCGCUAGUGCUGGGAGCGAUUCUUUUGCUUGAGAAGGCCACUGUGUUGGCUAGGAGCGGCGAUCUGGUCUUGAAGCCAAACAGGCUCAACGGCGUGGUGAAAGCGAACAGUCACAACAAUGGCACAGCGAAUGGUGUCGUGAAGAAACAUAAAACCAAGAAGCAGCAAUGA